UAGCAGGUAUUUAAAAACAGCAACGGGUGAAGCAGACGCGUCUUCCUCUAGCUCCGAGAUGCUUUCCUCUUCAGUAAUGUCACUUUCAAAAUCCGUUAUCACACGCUUUACUUCACAGAGUGGACUUUUUGAGACGGUGAGAAGGUAACAGAGCUCCACACACCUCACAGCAGAGCAAUUUUACACCACUGCACAUCAUUGGAGAACCAGUGGGAGAAGAAUGGGCUUCACGAAGAAUGAGAUGGAUAACACUUGUAUGUAAUCUUGGAUUGAGCAACCGAAGUUCAACAAUGUCACCAGGAAAGAGGUAGCACUUAAUCACCCAGACAAACACGCCAUUACCCUGCGGAUCCUCAGAACACCGAGCCGAAUUAAAUAUGGUAAACUAUCUCAUUGCACAAACACAUGCAUAAAAUCUCCGUCUCUGAGCGAUCAAAGGUCAGAGGAGUGAAUAUGUAAAAAUCCUUCUUUGAAUUCAUUUAGCGUUAAAAGCAAACACUCUCCAGAGAUGGCAGUCACCUGCUGCUAGCUAGACUCAAGUAAUGACUGCCGUCUUAAAGGCCUGUCUGGUGCAACAAUGCCAUUUGUAUGUUGGAAUUUAUCGGAGCUCUCGUUUCGAAUGCUUCCAAGAGGAGAUCACAAAGUCAUUAACUAUUUUCUGUCUUUCUCAGCAGUUAGUGUUGAUGCAGCCUGCUUGCAAUAAUGUAUUGUGUCGCAAACAAGAAGAAUGGCCACUUCCCUGCCUCCUGGUGCAGAGGGGGCCCGCAGUGACAUGGAGGCUCAAGUAUAUGGAUGGCCUGAGGAGGUCUCCAUCAUUCAUAAAACAUGCCGCUGCCGCACGCCACCGAAUUGAUCUUGCAAAAGAAGCAGGGUGGCAUGCCGACCACUUCAUUAGUCUUCCACGGCCACAAAUCACACUCGCCGUAGCCUCCAAGGGACCUGACGUUACCGCAAACUUCACCGUAAACGCACUUGCUUGGGUUUGUAUUCGGCACUCUCCCAAAUAUUUUUACAAAACUUGCACGCUGACCGCAUUGUUUAUGGUCAAAAGGUGCCGGUCUGACAAAAUACAUGUGAAAAGAAUGACAACAGAGACCAAACUCCAAAAUAAGGAAUGCAUACAAUUUUUGAUCUCUGUAAUUGAUUGCUCGUGGUCAUUUUGGGCGUCAUGGGAUGAAAUCAAGCGGCUUCUCCAUAAGACAAUGUCAAAUAUUGAUGAUAUUUCUCUUCUCCAUCCUCUGAAUGAAUUGCCCCACUCACUGAGGCCUUUUGAUGAAUGCUUUUUAUUGCCUUUUCUGUUGUUGUUGCUGGAGCAGCUGGAAGAAACUGGGCCUGGUCCUCUCAGACUCUGCGAACCAAAUUGCCCUGAGAGGACCGCGACCAUUAUAGUCCACAAAUCAACGCCGCGCCGCCUUUUAUUAUGCAUCUGUUCUUUGCUUUUCGAGAGUUUAAUGGCAUUAAAAUGCAUCCACAUUUCUGGUUUGAAACAAUCCCUCGAUGAAGCAAAAGUCAAUUUUAUGCCUAAUGUUGACUAAACGAAAGAGCAACAGCAUUAAUUUGUGCAAUUUCACAAUGUCCAAUGAAACCAAUCUUAUCCAAUCAGCAUAAAAUGUUUCUCGGAACGUAAAGGCCGCCAACAAAAGAUAGCGAUCACUGAUGGAGAGCGUCGAAAGGGGCCGCAUAGGCUUGUAAAUGUAAAAAGAAAAUAGAACGUCUUUCUUGCUCUCUUCUGCUUUUGUCUGUCUGUUUCUCUGUGUCUCUCACAAAACAAACUGUUCUUGCAUUGUGUUGUCUCUUUAAAGUUGCAUGCUUACCCCUCAGCCCCCCCAUUCCUGCACAGUCUAUUCCCUUAACUGUCAUGCUGCCAGGCCUAAAAGCAUUUCUUGUGAAAUGUUCAACAUCAGAAAUGGUUUGUGUGCAUGUCAGUUUGGCCUACCAAAAAAUCCUAACACUUAGGCCAAAGGCACCAUCGCCACGUUCCCCUGUGAAGUUUUGCUUGUGCUGGUUAUACUUAAGCCAGUAUUGCUGUCUAAAGCUUAUUUAUGAUCUGACUGCUAUAUUAAGAUCUUAUCAGGUUAACACGACCUACGACCUGGUCUACUUUUAGCACAGAUAUUGUGAUUGAGACAUCUUUAAAUGACAGUGAAGCUAAUAAUUGACAUAACAUCCUGUAUGCAUAGCAUUCGUUUGAAACACAAUCAAAUACGCUUUGGCCUGAACGAAAAAAUCUGAACUUUUUCAUAAACAUCUUUUACUCUCUCUCUCCGCAUCCGCCUCUCUCACAAAACUCCCCGUUUGACUUGUGAAACACGAUGAACACGACGAAGAUAUGCAUGAAUAAUUCAGUCCACUCGGGCUGUAGUGGGUGAGCAUGUAAGCAUGCGAGUGUGUGAAGGUGGGGGGACGGCAAACAAGUCCCUCCUGGUUAAGAUUUUUUGAAGGACGGCCCGAAGUGCUCAGCGCAGCGUUACAAGUGCUCCGCGUCCGAGGGGAAUUAGGAGCAUCUCCAUUACCAGUGCGGAACGAUUUGUUUGGAAUUAUGCCAAGCUGCAAAUAUCUGGACCUUUGGGGACAGCGAACAUCCGAUCCCACAGCAAAGCAAUCUUUACAAGUUUGCUUUAUUCCCUCUCUCUGCUCACCAAACUCAUCUAUCCUCAGAUGUGUCCUUCUAAAUCCUUUAUGUUACAGGUCUUACUUUUGAAUCAAAGAGCAUCUUUGCCGUACAAUUCAUGAUGCUAUAGCAAUGUCAGGGUCUUUAAUUUGUAUCUUAGCGAACACACAUACUGAUAAUGCGUAUUUGCUGGAUCCUGAAUGGUGCUCCUGUACCUCAACUGUGUUAGCAGCACAAAAGAUUGUGAGUUUGAUUAGGGAAAACAAAUACAGAUAAAAUGUACACAUUGAAUGCACUGUACAUCACUAUGGAUAAAAGUAUCUGCCAAAUGCAUUAGUGUAAAUGCAGAGUUAGUUUGCUUUGGAGUAAAGUAGCUCCCAAAUGCCUAAACGCAAUUUAAAUUAGCAAAUUAAAGGUGCACUGUGUAACUUUUAGGAGGAUCUAUUGACUGAAAUGCAAUAUAAGGGUCAUUAUACAGAAAAGGUGGAAUUCGGGUGAUGAAAAUUUGCUUAAAGGAGCAUUUCACCCGUAAAAAACAUUAAUCUUUAUUGAAAGUGUGUCAUAUUUGUAGUCGAAAUGUAACAUGCAUUUCGAAUGGUGUCUAUUUGACCAAGAAAAGGGGUGUUUGUAGUCUCACCCCCUCAACAAAGAUAUUGGACUUCCUUCUUUCAAUGAUGCAAAAUGAUGAUUUUUACAUCAUUGAAAGAAGGAAGUGCAACACUGAAAUCUGUAUUUCUCCUGUCUCAGCGGCAACUGAGGAAAUGAUGCACGACCAUUCAAAAACAUGACUGGGGUUCUAAUGAUACACAGCUUAAUGCAAAUGGGUGAAGUGUCCCUUUAAAUGAACUUCUUUCAACAUACCCAAAACUUUUUUAAUAGCAUUAAUUAACUUGUCAGAUCUAUGAAUCCGCAAAACGGGGAGCUUAAUCUAUUUUUAACUUUUUAAUACAUUUUAAUAAAGAGUCCAUAAGUCAUUUAUUUGUCAUUGGUGUUACCUGUGAUUUAAACAACAUUAAUGUUGAUACUAAAUAUUUUUUUUCAUUACAGCUUUUGUAUUUAGUUAAAGGUUGAGUAGAGGAAUUAUAACAGCCAGAAAAAUAAUUGAUUAUGAAUAUUUGUUGAAUUAAAUUCUUCAUCUUUACCCAGCAUUGUAUGAAAUUAUUUGAUUCUCAGUUUGACUUUUUUCUUUAAAACCAACAAAAACAAAAAUAAUUCAACCAAAAAGGCUUUGAUGCAAAGACUGAAUUAUCAACAAUGACUUAAUGCCAGGGUAUACCUUUUUUCCGCGUCCGUCCGCACAGCUUUUCCAGUAUACUUGCUGCGGCUACACAGGGAUGGCUGUGUUCGACACUAUACGCAAUACAAAUGAUUUCUUAUUCAAAUUAUUACUCUACCAGGCCAUCAGGGCAGCACUGAUUUGGUGACAUUUACAGUACAUUAAAACAUUAGGAUAGGUGAAGAAAAGUAACCGAUCCACCAUUGCAAACACAGUUUAGCAAACAACAAAGUACAGGAAUCAAAGAUUAUGGUAACAAACAUGCUCCAGAGCUUUCUGUUCUUGGAAGAAGUAAAAGUUAAAGAAGAAAAACGAUAGUGUGUGUGCAAAUGCUGUCUAUUUCCUUUGUAUAAUUGUUAAUAGUGGAGUGUCCUGUCUAAAUAUUUUCACGCGCAUGCGCUGUUGUACGCGGACUGUACGCGCACUGUCCGCGCGGUCUCAAAUUUUGGGCUGCACUUUGGGACCCUUCUGAUGACGAAAAUGAGGUCAUGCGGACGGCGCGCAUAUGCGGACGUCCCUAGUAUACUUUCGGCUUUACAUCCCAUAUCAACAACAAAAUAUUACUAGAAAGUACAAGAAAAUACAUUCAUAACACCAAACUUGGUUUAACACUAAUGACACAAUGUAACACCAAUGACACAAUGUAACACCAAUGACAAAAUUAGAAUAUAAUAAUAGAUAAUGAAUAUGAUAAAACUUACAAACUUUCAUAAAAUUUUCCAUCUUGUUUUGUUUUUAUGCUUUUAUGUUGGUCAGUUAAAGGAAUAGUGCUUAGGAAGUACUCGUUAGAGAAGUAACACUAAUGAUGGUAACACUAAUGAUGGUAACACCAAUGAUGGUAACACCAAUGACAAUUUACAGAAAAAAAAAUAUUUUAACAAAAUGGCUGCCAUUAGCCAUGUGCUAUUUCAUCAGAGAUGUAACAAUCACAUACUUAUUCAGUAUAACAUAUUUUUAUGUAAAGAUCUUAACACUCCUAGCUAUAAAAAGAGUAACACUAAUGACAUCCAAAAAAUCUUAUCUCAAAAUUCUUAGAUAUAUCAUGAUACUUGAUAUAUCAUGAAAAACCUUUUGCCUUCCUCCACUGCACUUCUUUCACUAACCUCUUGGCCCAUGAAAAACUUCAAAGAGCUGAUGCAUUGUUUCAAAAUAAAAGUGCUUUGGGUAAGGUAACACCAAUUACAUAAAUUUGGGGGACAAAUAUUUAUUUGAUAUUAUUCAUAUUAAUAGUGUAUUUUUUACCAUUUCAGUGUAAAUUCAUACAGGGUUGAAGGUACAUGUAAAUUAGAUUUGUUUUAUAAAAAACAUGGUUUUAAAUAAUAAGUUCACAGUUUAAGUUCCAUGUAUGAUCAAAGGGACAGGCCAAUUUUCAGGACCAGACAUUUAAAAAAAAGUUUAAAAAAAGGAAAAAAAGAAAAUUAAAUAAAUAAACUCUCUCAUCAUUUUAAGGACAGUCUAUAUUUAUAAAAUAUAUAUCAUUAUGGGAUUAUUGGGUCAAAUUAAAUGAUUAAGAGGUCUGCAAAAGCAAGGGACAAGCAUUUCCACCUUUUUUGUAGAAUGACCCAUAAUAUACAUAACUAUAUUUUCAGUGGUUUAUGAAAACCUUACACAAUAAACUGUUAGGUUUUUAUUACCUUAGAAUAAGCCGUUUUAUCUACAUACACCGUGGGUCCCCUUACAUGGAAGUCGCCAUUUUGCACCACCAUGUUUCUUCUCUACAGAGCGCGUUUCGUCACUACGUUGUCUCAGACGAAUACAUGUUUUCCUGUGGCAUCUACUGUAACUUCUCUAUGCGUUUUGAAAAGGAGGGGUGAGCUGUGGACUGAGCCAUGGUUGCAAUUCGCAAUGUCACCAAUAGAUGCCGCUAAAAUCUACACGCAGCACCUUUAAAAUAUCUGAAAAAAUUAAUAAAUGCUUUCAACAUACAAACGAAACUGUGUAAAACGUUGAUGUAUCCUGCACACAAUAUUCUGUCUGGUAAUUUAACAUAAUUCAGUGUAACUUGAAUCAGCGAUGUGGCACAGACAUGAGUGGCUUGUGUUUAAACUGAAAGUCAAAGCUUGACUAUUAAGAAUUUCUAUUACCCACAGAUGCAAUUUGUGUGUAAAUACCAUUCAUCUUCAAUUCAUACUUGUGCAGAACAGGCCAAGAUAUACUGCGACGUGUUGCUAGGACACAAGCACAAAGAGCGAGGACCAAUAGUCUAUUUACACAUCUCUCUCUCUCUCUCUCUCUCUCUCUCCCUCUCUCUCUCUCUCAAAGUGCUGUGACAGCAGAAAUAUUUGUGUGACAAGCAUUUGGGGGCUUAGUCCAUUAGCAGCCUCUUAUGGGUCUCCUUGCCGGGUUAUUGGGGUAGCGAGUCAAAACCUAGCAGAACAUUCUUUAUUGCAUUUGUAUCAUGUGGUAGGGAUAUAGAAGGUAAAGACACAAAGGAAGAAAGAAACAGACUUGUUUUUGCAUCAUUGUAACAAAUGUGAUGUGACAACUUCAAAAAGGGUGCACAAAAGUGCAUGCAUGACGAGGACGAGAUGCCCUGAAUAUCUGUGGUGUUAUUAGUUAAACAGGCAUACGUCCAUAAUUAAUGCCCAGCGUGAGCGACUGGAUGUACUUUGGAGGCAUCCAGGACAGCCAGCUGUAGUUGUCAAUCAAACUGACACAUGGCCAUAAAACACUGUUAUGUGUCUACAGUAUAUCCAUUCCACAUAGCCAGAACUAAACACAGACCACACAUGGGCUGACACACAAUGAAUGCAGAAUUCAGCAAGCAUAAUAUACACAUCACAUUUGCCAAAAGUGAAGCAGUUUAGUUAGAAAAUAAAUCCAAGUUAGCCUCACCCCACCCGAACCAAACUAUAAAAAUUAUGUUGCAUUUAAGAAGAUCAAGUUUUAUCUGGAAUCUGCUUUAUGCAGUUUUAGUUUCAACAACAAACUGAAGAGAAAACAUAUCUGUCAUACAUUACGAGUGUGGGGACAUCUGUAAAGAUUGUUACUUCAUGUUGUGACAUGCACUGAAGUUCCCAGCAUGCAUCUUGAACUUUUCAUUU